AUGCUUCAUCACUUAGGCCUACGGCUAGCACCGGGAAGGUUUGUUGGCGUGUCCAACACUGCAAGAACCCUGAUUCCCUCAGGACGUGGGUCGAUACUGCCGUCUUUGCCUUCAUUUAACAGGCUGUGUUUGAGAAGCCCAGGACUUUUGAGACAGAAUGGUUUGGCAACCAACGAAUUGACUUACAAAAGAUCAAUGAUUACUCGAACUAAAGCAAAAGCUGGUCUUUUUCUGCAGAAUAGUGGGCAACAAAGGCUUAGUGAGGGAUCCCAUAGAUAUUAUGGACAAAACUUUAGACGUUUUGGGAGUCCCUCACCCUUCACGCCCUUCGUUUUCUUCGGGGCCGUCUGCAUCUUGAUCGUCGUGGUUCCCUUUGUCUUCACAUUUUUGUUUCCAUUGAUAAUCGCUGCUCUGAUCACGUAUCAGUUCAAGAAACGCAAGACUACAACGAUUCUAAAGGAAUUGCACCGUAGCUUACAGUCGUCUACGAAGAAGGUAGAAUACAGCACAAUUAUGGGACUUCAGUCCAGAAUGUUUGGUUCACUUAUGGAGAAAGAGCAGUUCUCCUCUGGCGUUUUUGGCGAUCUUGUAAACGAAUUCAAAUUGAGUCAAUUGGAUAUGAGCCGUACGCGUCGAGAACUUCAGGACCUUUUCAAUUACCUAAAUGCAAGGGUUCUCGAUGCAUUCGAAACCAACGAGUUCGGGGUGCGGGAAUAUUUUCUGGGGAAUGACGUGUCCAGCUGGGUAGACAACAAUUACGACUUGAAAAUCGAUUUUGACGCCCCGCAAAUCCGUGGUCAAAUACUGGAGAACACACUUGUGAUGAUUAUCAAGUUUCCUCUAUUGCUGGAAUCCUCAAAUCAGCCUCCAAAAAAAUUGGCUAGCGUAGCCAUCGCAUUUCAAGAUCGUAGUUUGGCUGAAAAAGUGGGGUCUUUUCGAUUCCUCGAAGAGCUCGCACGCACAGACAAGCAAUGUCCUAUGGUGACGACCAUUCUUCCCUAUCGCACGCUCUCUACACGCCAAUUCAUACUUAAAGACAAGGGUCACGACUUGCUAAGUGUCAAAAGGACAUCUGAAGGUCAUCGGGAAUUCACAUAUAGAAAAUGA